AUGUGCUGCAGCUCGCGAGCAAAGCUGGCGCUAGUUUGUCAGUCCUGGAGAGAGGGAAAUGAGAGCGUAGCAGAAUUCAUGCUACAAAAAGUCGUGGAAAAUGAUCAACUAGCCCUUCUACUGCCACGAGAUCGAGAAUCUCUAGCUGCAAAACUCCUGGAGAUAGGCAAAUCCUUGUUGAGGCCAAACUCGGCGGACAGCCAUCCAUCUCCGCGUGGCGUCCCGGCUCGAGACGCCGUCAGGUGGCUACAGAAGGCGUUUACAAUCAUAGAGAACGUAGAGCACGGGGAGGAGCAAUGUGGGAAAGAACUCAAGAGAUCGAUCCUGCGCAGUCUCGCUCGCGCCUACUUCCUCUCGUCUACCGAGGUUCCUGAGAACCUGAUCCGUGCUGAGACCUCUCUCAAUGAGCUGAUAGAAUCGAUCGAUGCUGCCGAGGAGACGUCCAGCGAAUAUCAGCAACUGCGAUGGAUGCGGAUAGCUGUCUUAAAGAAGCGGAAGGCGGCUCAGCCGGUGCUACUUGAUGCAUUCCGAUCAAUCAUCGAUCACAUGGUCGUGUCAGAAAAUAAUAUCACUGACGCCCUUGUCACGGCAGUUCAUCAGUUCUGUCUCCAGCGGCUUUUGGACGCGCAGGACAUCUCACCACCCAAUCAUAUUGAUCGGCUGCUCCUGUCGUUCGUCUUCCAUUGUUCGAAAGAUGCCGACCAUUCUAGAGCAAUGCAGGAUCUCUCAGGUCUGAUUUGGCAGUUUGGUGAUCGUCAGUAUCAGGCACGGCGCUGGUCGGCUGCUGCCGACUGGUACAUAGCGGGCACACACAAGGCAUUCGGUAGUAUAGCAUCCUUAAGCCAUUCGAAAUGUUUCCGCAAGGCAGCCUUGUGCCACAUUCAACAGGGCGAUUACGCUAUAGCUGCAGCGGUUAUUCGUCGCUGUCCUGAUCACGAAGCUGCCACUCAGUACAUCAAGCUACUAACCGCUGUCCAUCAAGCAAUCGACGCGGUCAAGCGUAUGGCCGCUGCUUCCGAUUUCAAUCGGAAGAUGCUGCUGUUGGCUACGCAGCUCGCCAACGAGUUCGAUAUGAAGAAAGUCCUGUUGUCUGUUCUGGAAGCAUUGCUGCAUACGGUGCAAUCUUCAGAUGGUAAUGAUCUCGGCCACGACACUGUGACGUUGAUUCGAUGUAUUAUCCGACUUGUCCUCAAGCUAAUGGCAGAGCCUGGUGCCGACCGCACGGUCCUUGUGCCGGUUUUGAUUCGACAUUUCAAUUCUGGUGGCGCCGGCCAGUCGGUCGCUAGGUUCUCUAAGGACAUCUCGUGGCUGUGGCGAACAGCAUACAAUUGCGCGAUACAAGGAUGUACCGAAUGGCACAAUUCUGAAGAUAGAGUGGCGGAGUUGUUUGAUAUCGCAAGACAGUUCCUGGAAACUUACCGUGACUCCGUCCUCACGGACGUUGAUGCAGAAAUUCAUGUCCAUAUAAUCAACGCGUCUUUCGCGGCCAUCGCCGGAAGAGGUGUGGACCGAAGAGUGUUCUUUUCCAGUGAACCGCUUGCUCACCCAAAAUCAAGUCAUAGUCUUCUGCGGCCAUUACUAGACGAUAUCGCUGCGAGUAAGAAGCGCAUAAGGAGCAUCAUCGAUAACAAGAAAGUGGAUAGGGACGAAUCCACUCGCGCGGAGCCCUUCUUGCAUGUUCUGCGGGUUUUCGAAACGGAACUACUAAGCCGUUUAAGGGAAUGGGGCAGGCUUCUCAGUAUAAUUGAGGAAGUCGUCGGAUGCAAUACCCUUGCCCUGAGUACCCUUGAGGCCAUAACAGAUAUCCUGUGGGUUGAAGGGGAAUGCCCGAUUGAUGUACUUUUCGCAGCGCUUGAGGCUAUCCUUCACGCUAGCCUUGAUCGCAGCCUGUUCUCGAUCGAUAAGUUCUCUAGGUGGCUUCGCGCUAUUUGCUCGAUGCUUCUCUCUCGAAACUCUGCUGCAGAUAGGGCGAAGGCAAUUGGAUAUGUCGAGCAAGCCAUUCAUGUCAUUGAGAAUCAGGCCACGGACGCCGCAUCCGAAGGCUAUCCGCUGGACGAACGACAGUGGCUGCUCGGCACAUCGUACAAUACUGGCAUUGAAUGUCUACAGCAAAUAAGACUAAUGGUAGCUGACCAAUUCUCAGUGCGUCAUUACUGGAUGAGGCAAAACGGUGGUUCGAAGCGUCCACGACAAUAUGCCGUUUUCUCCCAGAUGGCAAUGGCCGGGCAGAAAAGGUAA